AUGUUUAAAAGAGUAACUAAAAUUGCUAAAAACAAGCCUUACAGGAAAUUCAGCUAUGGAAGCUUAUUCAAUUUGAGAAAAUUUACUGCAACAAGGAGCCAAGACUCAAGUAGUGGUAAAAAUAAUUUAUCACAAUGGGCAUCUAUUUAUAAUGAUAAAGAAAAAGCGUUUAAGCAUAGUGCUCUGUUCAUUAUUCUGUUUGCAUCAGCAGCUUCGUUGUACUAUUUGUAUUUAAAGCGAUAUGAUUCCGUGAAGUGUGACACAAAGGUAUUUAUUCCAGUAACCGAAGUGAUGAAACAUAAUAAGGCAGACGACUGUUGGAUUGCUAUUGAAGGAGGAGUAUUUGAUGUAACUAACUUCUUAAAAUUCCAUCCUGGGGGAACCGAGAGAAUCUUGAAAUAUGCUGGUGGUGACGCUACUUUACAGUUUUCUCAGAUGCAUUCAAAAAAAGUUUUAGAUAGAAUGAUGCCUUAUAUAGAUCAUCUUGGCACAUUAGAUGGAAAGUUCCAGGAUGUUAUUACUGAAGAGACGCUUAGGAUACAAAAAAAUAUGAAGAAUAAACCUGGUUUACAUGCCAUUUUCAACUCGUCAGACUUCGAAUACGUUGCAAAGCAAGUUCUUCCAAUGUCAACAUAUUAUUACUAUUCAACUGGUGCUUCCGAUGAAUUUACUUUAAGAGAGAAUCAUUAUGCUUAUAGUAGGGUAUAUUUCAGACCUAAAAUUCUUCAAGAUAUUGGUCCACCGGAUAGUAGAACUACUCUAUUAGGAAAUGAAGUUGACCUUCCGAUAUACAUUAGUGCUUUUGCUGGAUCUAAAUAUGCCCAUCCUCUAGGUGAAAGAAACCUACAAAGAGCCGCUUAUAAUACUAAUAUAAUGCAAAUGGUUCCUAAGUUAUUGUCUUAUUCUUUGGAUGAUUUUUUCGGUGAAGUGCCACAAGAUCAAAAGCAAUGGUUUCAAGUACAUUUUGAUUGCCAGGAACAAUUAGACAAGAGCAUUGAGACAGUCAAACAAAUCGAAUCCUUCACAAAUAUAAAAGGAUUGUUCAUAAAUGUCGACUUAGCUGACUUGGGUAACCGAGAGAAAGAUUCAAAAAAAAGAGUAGAGGAUGAAGUUAGUGCAGCAGAAUUAACUAGUGUAGCCGAUAAUGGAAAAGCGCAAUACCCCAGAACUUUUUGUUGGAAAGAUAUCGAAAAGAUAAGAAGUGCGACUAAUUUACCUAUUGCAUUGAAAGGUAUUCAAAGAGGAGAAGAUGUACUAAUCGCUGUUGAAAAAGGUAUCAAAGGUGUUGUCAUUUCUAAUCAUGGAGGACGACAGUUGGAUUAUUCCAGACCCCCCUUAGAAGUUUUAGCUGAAGCACGCCUGAUGUUGAAGGAAAAGAAUUUGCAAGAUGAGAUAGAGAUUUAUGUUGAUGGAGGUAUUCGUAGAGGGUCGGAUAUUGUCAAAGCACUUUGCUUGGGAGCUAAGGGUGUAGGUAUAGGGCGCCCUUUUAUCUAUGCAAUGGCAAGCUAUGGUGAAGAAGGUGUAACAAAGCUUAUCCAAAUUUUGAAAACCGAAGUGAAGAACAAUAUGAGACUUCUAGGUGUGGAUAAAAUUGAGGACUUGAACGAAAGUUUGAUUGAUACUACUAACUUAAAGUUGCGCAGUCCCGUUGUCAGCAAUAGGCUUUAUGAUGGAGCAUAUGAAGGAUUAAGCUUUCCUCUCUUUAAUGGUAAUGCUGCGGAAGUCUGA